ACACAGUCGUCUUCUCCUGCAGGUGGUGGUGUAUAGUAGCUAGACUCGAGCUCCUGCACGCACGUAGCCUAGCUUACAUGCUCUUACCUUGUCUAUGAAGAAAGCAGGUGUCUGGCUCUGGCUCUUAUGCAAGGUUAAUGUUUUUUGGUACCUCCUGUAAAAAGAGGGACGUGGUGCGAGCUUUCCACUGAGAAGGAGACCCCGGACCAUCCAUCCCAAACCAGCCGCUGUACAAUGGCACCGUCCCUCAUCCGAGCUUGCCGCAGUCUGGCUCUCUCGACGUGGCUGCUGUCGUUUUGUUUCGUGCACUUGCUGUGCCUGGACUUCACGGUCGCAGAGAAAGAGGAAUGGUACACCGCUUUUGUCAACAUCACCUAUCUGGACCCCAUUACUUCGGAGGUCAAGACAGAGAAAACCGAAUGCGGUCGGUAUGGCGAGCAGUCGCCCAAGAAAGAAGCCAGAGGUCUGGUCCUGGUGCCGUCCGUCCUGCAGGACAGACAAGCUUGCGACCCAAACGUCAGGUUCCCCCCUGUUUCUUACAACACCGCCUGGGUGGCGCUGGUAGCUGCGGGGAACUGUACAUACCGAGAGAAGAUCCGUAACGUUGCAAACUAUAACGCCUCUGCAGUUGUCAUAUACAAUGUGUUCUCCAGCAGUGCCAACGACACCAUAACAAUGCCCCAUCCAGGUACAGGCGAAGUUGUGGCCAUCAUGAUCCCAGAGCCUAAAGGUCGUGAGAUUUUGGCCUUGCUGGAGCAGAACAUCCCAGUCACGUUGUACAUCACCAUAGGAACCCGCAACCUGCAGAAGUAUGUGAGCAGAACUUCGGUAGUGUUUGUCUCCAUCUCCUUCAUCGUCCUCAUGAUAAUCUCCCUCGCCUGGCUCGUCUUCUACUACAUCCAGAGGUUCCGUUAUGCUAAUGCACGAGACCGCAAUCAGAGGCGUUUGGGAGAUGCUGCCAAAAAGGCCAUCAGUAAGCUACAAUUGCGCACCAUUAGGAAAGGAGACAAGGAGACUGAGUCAGACUUUGACAACUGUGCAGUUUGCAUCGAAGGUUAUAAGCCUAAUGAUGUUGUGAGGAUACUACCAUGCAGGCAUGUCUUCCAUAAGCACUGUGUAGACCCGUGGUUACAGGACCACCGGACGUGUCCCAUGUGUAAAAUGAACAUCCUCAAAGCCUUGGGAAUCCCACUCAACGCAGACUGUUCAGAUGACGUUCCUCCAGACUAUGAGACAUCUGUCGAGGGUGCACCCACCAACCCCAUCAGCGGAGCGAGUGAAAUCACCUUUAACGAGAGCUCGGUGGUUCUGGAUCCAGCCGGAAGAUCGAUAGACUUACAGCAGCUCCAUCCUGAUGAAGAGCUAGAACUUCAGGCAGGGGAGAGACACAUUAUCGCCAGCAGUGAGCACCAGCUCAGCAGUGGUUCAGAGACUUCUAUCAUCAUGGGCGAGGAGGUAGGCAUGUCUGAAGUAGACCUGUCCAUGGAGCAGGAAUGUAAUUGGGCCAAAUCCUGAGUCAAUCGAAUCUGACAAAAAGCAUAAUUCACCAAGAAAGAGGAAGACGAAAGCGACCCCCCCCCCCCCCCCCCCCCCCAGAGAUUCGCCACGUCUUUGGCCACCUGAAGGAAGUGACUUCUCAGAAGAUGGGCAAAUGGGCAGUACAACAGAGCAGCACAAAAUCACACAAUUCUGUCUUUACUGACCAAAAAACUGAUUUGUCCCUUCAUCUGUGGACGUGUUGCUUGCUCGUUUUCUAGCAGUCACACCUUGACUGCCAUGGCGAUCAGACAGCAGCUUGUACAUUAUGGUGACCCAGUUUUUGUCAGAAGUAAUCUUUUCACAUCCCCAAACCUAGCAUCUGAAAUACACAUACAAUAACUGCUGAGUUGUCGGAGUUAGUUUCUCCUCACUGGCAACCUACAGUAAACCUGCUGCUGGACACACUAUGAGCACAGGAGCAACAGACGCCAGAUUGCUGCAUUAAUUAUUAUUAAAAAUAUGUGUGCAGAUUAAUUGAUUUCUUGGUAGGAGAUCACUGCCAGCAUAUUCCAGAAGUAAGUUUUCCUGAUGUAAUGGAUACAUAGCACAUAGAGAGCCUAUAUCAGCAAUUUCUUUUGAGUCCCAUUACAGUUGGUGUGAAUUCCCAUCAGCAUUUUUUCAACUUCAGAAUUGGGUACACGUUAUUAUCCCUUGAAAACUUGAAUCGUAGGUCUUUAACUUCAUGGUCAUGUUUGAAGAGUCAGAAUAUGUAUGCACACGUUAUGCUGAGAUUUCUGAAUUUCUAAAUGUAACGGUUUCUGUUUCUAUUUUUGUGAGACCUUCAUUUAGAACUUCUAUUUUAACGACUAAAUAUUCCUGUCAUCAGAGAAAAUAACCAAACACAAAAUGGAUAUUUCUGUCCUCACAUUUGACAAUCAUAGCUUGCCACAAGCAGAAGUGAUGUCACCCACUGCCCUACUGAAACUGCUGCUGAUAUACAGGUUGUUACAACACAUGGCGCUGAUGAUCACUCCCUACUGACUGUCGGAAGGGGAAGGUUCAUAUCUAUGUUCACACUUCUGCUAAAUACAGCUGGCAAUAGCAGUUGUCACCACCAAAUUCUGGCAGUAUGGACAUACUGUAAACAAACUUCCUACACUUGUCAAGCCAGCUUAAAAUAUGUCAACAAGUCUUUGUGCCAAGAUUAUCUGUAGAAUUUCAAACAUUACUGGCUGUUAAAUAGACUGGAAUGGCACUGAAUCUGCUCAUGAUAUGAAACCGAAGAAAUAACACGAGGGUGCAGAAUUAGAUGGUUUACGUAAGUUAAAAGAGGAACAGUUUUUGUGGACAGGAAGGGAGCUAUGCAUUGCCUGACAGAUAAGAUGCAUUCAGAUGCAUGGUCAGGUUUUUCAUUAAAGGAAUUUGAUGCUACAAGCAUGGGAUUAUGUAUGGCAUGAAAAGCUUACAGCAUGAAAAUGUUUACAGUUUUGUUUGGACUAUGCCCACACUAAACCGGCUUUGGGAAAUGACAUGCAUGCAGCCCUCGCAAAGAUCUCCACACAAAUACACCUGAGGAAUAGGAAAACAGCUACAUUUCCUAUUCUUCAUCCAUGGUCAGCAAUUGUCGGCUAUAUUGAUAUUCAAAAUGAGUUGCUGGUACAGUAGCAACAAACCUACAGACAAUUAUCACCUGAAUCUACAGAAAAAACACCAGCUUAGUGCGGAUGGAGGGCCAAAACAAAGAAAUAAAGAUGCUUCUUUAAAUGGAGCCGCUUUAGUGUGGAUGUACUCUCAGACUCCAGUGGUAAUGCUGACUGUUAAUUCAUGUUCAUCUUCUUUUACACUUUACAGUAGAAUUCAUUCUUCUACUUUUCCUUUAGUUGUUCUGUUGUUGUCCUGCCAAUCACCUCCUUUAUUACUUAUUCAGUAAUGUCACAUUAAACAAGAUCAGUAGGAUCUAAUACUCGACUGGAUCCAUUUCCUCUCACAUUCCUGUAGACUUUCACACUGAAGAAGCACAGACUCCACUGAGCCGAUGAAGCCAGUGGAAUUUAACUGUUUUUUUUUAUAUCCAGUCACUGUUUCCAUUAUGUCCUGCAGCCACCUGGGACUCUGUUACAUAACACACACAUGUCCACACUCCCCAUUUUGGGUCAAUCAUUGAAGGAUUAUUGAAUGUAUGGGGUAAUGUUUAAGUCUUUCAUGAAAGCCUUGGCUUUAGAAGGGACAUGUUGUAAUUCUUUAUUUCUUAAAUUGUUUUGUGAGACUGUAUGUGUUUGGCUGUAGCAGCUUGUUACCCAUAGACACUACUUUCUAGAUAAUGCUUAAGUAAGAAGUUAGAAUAAUUUGUUUCUGACAGCAGUGUUUUACUGUGAAAUACUGCCUGCAGUCGGAAGCGUUCAUGAAUGUACAUUUUUAUACACUAUUAAACCACGCGGCUGGUUUGAUAAAAAGCCUGGUUUACGACUAUACAUCUUUUGCUUUGUGGAUAUGAAGGUGGAGGAUGAUUGUGAUUCUUGCCAGCACAUUAUAGAUACAGAUGUUUAAGUCUCAGCCAGCCUGAUCUGGACCUUUUAAGCCUCUGUAAGUCCCAUUAGCUCACAUGGAUAAUGAGACAGCACAAUACAUAAGAUAACCCAGAAACACCCAACAACAUCAAUAUCUGUUGCUCUCCUUGUCUUUCUUUCCAGGCUUUGAAUUCACAGGUCUUUCUUCUGUCACCUAGUCUCCUUCUCACAUUGACACACAAACAUAACAAACACUCUGUCUCCAUCUGACCGUUAAAUAAAGAUAAAGCAAAGCACAUCCGUUUUUAAUGCCAGAUCACUCGAUUCUGGCUGUACUGCCUAAAACAGAGCAAGUUUGUCUAAAGUUAAACCUUCUGUUUCCAGAUCAACUUAAAGAUAAUGUAACUAAGCUAAAGGUCGUCAUCUCUCAGUUUUGUUGUUUCCAGUGUUUCAAUGACAAAGCUCUUAUAGGAAUAAAUAGAAUUUUAAGGAAUUUUAAGACACAAAAUACCUUGGUGUACUCCAUGUAAUGACAUUCAAUGUACUUAUGAAGUAACACAAGAUUGUUGUCCCUAAUUGUACCUGCAACAUUACGUAACACUUUAUUUUAUAUGUCCAUCAUUUCUUAAUAAUUUCCAACAAGUUUUCUAGAAAGAACUUUGAGAUUUGGUGCUAAUUUAAGCUAAUUUAAACAAAACAUUUAUAUAUAUAUAUUAUAUAUAUUGGAAACUUUAUUCUCCAUAUUUGUCCAUUUAUUAUUUCUUAAUUUUAUUUAAUUAUUAGCUGAAUUGUAUGCUUGCCUGUUGACUAGGGGUGUCACAAUUUCAAUUCCAAAUCUUAAAUCGUUUAAAAUGAACUUUCAAUUUUUAUUAUUGAAAUCAAAAGGACGACUGGUGAUUAAAAUUAAUUAUUUAAAUUUGACCACCACCAGUGGGGUACAUUCCAAAAACGGUAUGACACUUGAUACCUUUGAUUGGAAUUAAAAAAUUGAACACUGCCUCUAUUUUACAUAUACUAUCAUCUUUCAAGGAAAGUAUUCGAAAAUUAUUCAGAAAUUAUAGACCUGUAAAAUAGAGUGUGACCAAACACAUGUUUUCUUCUGUUUGUGUAAACUUUCCUAUAUUGCACUUUAACCCUCCAGUGAAUGAGGAGCGGCUAUACUGAAUGAUUUGAAAACGCCUUUUUUUAUGUACAGCUUUUGACAAAGAGGGCUACAGUAUCGAACAUGGCACUUGACUCAGUUGUUGCUUCUUGUAUGAUAUUGUGACCUUUUAUCUGUAACCAUUGCGUGUAUGUGGGGUGUGUGUGGGGGGAGUAUCAAUAUAUUGUACACUAUACCCAGCAGAGAUUACAGCAUUGCUAUUUUGUAAUAUAAAAUAAUUGUAAGUAUGA